AACAAAUACACCUAAUAAAAACAACAAACAUGGCACCCGAAGUGGCUUUUUCUAACAUAAAUGACAAGAAUGAAUUUACUAAAUUCACAAAAUUCUUAGCUUAUAAAGGCGUUCAAGUUAUUGUAGAAUCGAGGAAGGGUGUAAAAAUAGAUCCUAAUAGUAAACCAAGAUCAUCAGACACUGAUUGGUUCAAUCUUCAAAUACCAGACUCUCCAGAGGUUAACCAGGCAACUAAGAAUGCAUUGCCUUCAGACAAGGUGUUAGAGAUUAUCAAAGCCCAACUGCACGUGGAAAUAUCAGUACAAACCGAGGAUGGCGAUGAAAUGGUUUUGGAGUUGUGGACCCUUGAACUUGACGAAACUCAGUUUGACACUUCUGUUAAAGCCACGAACACAGUUUACUUCAGAAUGGGAAUAUUACUUAAGUCGCUUAUAACUAUAACAAGAAUUACUCCAGCGUACCACUUGUCGAGGAAGCAAAGAACAGAGUCGUUCACAAUAUUCUACAGAGUAUACAAUGGCGAACCGAAAGUAAAAGCGCUUGGAGAAUCAGUGAAGAAAAUUCAAGCUGGAAUGCUCAAAACUCCACUUGGAGGGAUAAUAUUCUCCGUGGCCUACCGCACAAACUUCUCCAUUUCGCCAAACAGAUCGGAGAAGGACAAAACAGUACUUUUGAAGAGUGAUCAUUUCGAACUGAGUCCAAAACAUGUGAUAUUUGAAUCCAAGAAAAGAAACGAGAAAAAAGAAUACAAGCCUCUGAAACCUGUUGAUUUGAAUAAGCCACUUCGAUUAGCCGCAUUUGUAGACGAGGGAUGUUGUAAAAAGGCCUUUGAUGACUUCAUGGAGAAGAUGCCGAUUCCCAAAUACCGAGUGAUACGUAGGGAGAGAAGUCCAGAGAGCGACAAGCCUAUAGUAUCCAAAAGUACUCAGGAUUUGGACGCUUCUGUGACGUCAAAGAGUCCGACGUCAAUGGAAAUGCCACCUAAAAAGUUCACAGGCUUUCGCAAUGAGAACGAACCUCCAUUAAAACUUCUCCAUUUCCCAUUCGCUGAUAACCAUCCGAUAAGAGAACUGGCCGAGUUUUACAAAGAGUUCUUCAACGCCCCCCAUUUGAAGUUAGCUGAUGACGUUAGCCUGAAAUCGGGCAGUGCUGAAUCGGUAAAAGAGGUGAUAGAGAUUACAACUGAAGAUUUGUCGAAAGAUCUCGAAUUGUAUGAGAACUCGGUGUUGGAGUUUGAUGAGCUCUUGGCAGAUAUGUGCCGAUCGGCUGAGUGGAGUGGGAACUAGUGUUUAGUUUAAUGGGAAUGAGAGAUUGAUGGAGGAAAAAGUUGGCAAUUUGAAAUGCACUUACUGCUGGCCAGUGACUACUCUCAGUUUCCCCAACAUUUUAAAUAGAUGUUAUUUACUAGCAGGCGACCUACCACGCGUUGCGAGUCUUUAGAAAUUUCUUGCCCUUAUAAAGUACCUCGGUGAAUCGACGCAUACGUUCUAUGAAUACAAUAGACGUUUUAACCCUAAUCUAUUUCCUCCUAGAAUAAUGUGAUACUUCAGACAAAGAAUGUGAUAUGAAAGUGCGGUUUAUGGGACGUUGGUUGUAGGACAAGUCAAAACCCUAUCAGAUUUUAUGACUUCUCCAAACAGUGUAAAUAAGUUGGAUAUGGGAAGAUGUUUAAUAAAUUAUGAAUUAUUCAGACUGAACUUUGUUUUAUCUUUAUACUUAGUAUUUAAUGUGUUUUUCUGUAGUCGCACAAGCCGACGAAAUAAUGGCGGGGGACGAUAUUCCAUCGGGCGGAGUUAUAUUAAGAUUGAACGCGAUUUUAUAGUGAAUUUCGUCGCUCGCUAUGUGUUUAUGUAGUCAACCAGUUUUUUUAUAUAUAAUGUUAAUAAAUAAGACCAUAGCAUGGCAAUAUUACUGCGCGGCUCAGUUUAAAUGUUCUGUUUGGCGCAAUUUGCAUUUACUAUGCAAGAGCAUGCAACCCAUGUUAAGUGGGAAAUUAUUAUACAUACUGAUAGGCUAACUUUUUCGACGAAUGGAUUGGUAAUAAAUAAGGAUAGGCAAAGGAAGAGCAGAGUAUCAUUUACUCUGCCAGAUAAAGAACGAAGUAAUAAUUAUUUCGGUAUAUAUCAAAAUUGGCGGGAACAAUGUGAUUGGGUAUUUGACUCUAAAUUAAUAAGUAGAACGAUGAAUAAAUAAAAUAUUGGAAACGCAUCGCGUUUGUCGUACGCUCACUGGUCGAAUUUGAAUUUUAGUGUUUUAAUAAUUAGAUUCAAAUUCUAUAACAUAUAAUAACCCCACCUUAGUUUCGUAGGACGAUAUCACUUCUGACUAUCUAUUAAGAUUUUUCUGGUAUAAUCAGGCUCAGUAGCGGGUCCAGGGGUUGUAAGCUAGCACAAACCCAAUAACAUUUGCUUUGGGGUCGUCCAUUAAUCAUGUGAGGCUCGAAAGGUGGGGAUGGGUUCGGAAAUAAAAUCACGAAAUAUCACAAGGGCUUUGGGUUUAAUGAGUUAUAAUGUGUAUUUUUUUCGUUGAUCGCGUGAUUUAAUUUAAAAAAUAUCAAUAUACUUUGUACCAAAAAAUACACGUGAUUUUGGGUGGGAGAGGGGGUUAAAUGUCACUAAAUAAGAUCACGUGAUUAAUGGACUUCCCCUUUGACUUCAGACAAAUCUCUAAAUUUAUUUCUUAAUAAAAUGUAGUACAAUAGUUUUCAAUGCUCAUACACAUCGUUUUGGAUAAAUUAUAUUUGAUUUUCUGGAUUAUGUUGCCAAAUCUAGGAUCCGUUACUAACUUGGCCAGUUAUUUUAACCCCUUAAGAUUGUGUCAAAUAUAACUUUCUUCUUUCGCGCUAUAUUAUUGAAUAUAUAGCAGUCCUUCGCCCUUAUAGUCAAUCUUUUGGCAGAUCGAAGUAGUUUCCAGAUAUUUAAAUGGUAAUAUGGCGCAAUAGGCGUUAAGGAAACUAUCUCCAGACUGAGCCAAAAGAUUGAGGAUAGUUAUUAAAUAGUUAAGAAUGAAGAUUGUUUACCCAACUUGAAAUUGGCAUAAUGUAUUAUAGUUGCAAUAAAAAAUAUAAAAAAGAUUGUUUAACAGCCGUUUCCAAUACACAAUCCCAUUCGCUAUUUGAAAUCCAUCGUUAAAAACAACCAAUCGGAACAAAUGAAUUAUUUUAAUUGGUUUGUUCUCGAAAUCGGAUCGAAAAUAAAGAUUAGGAUCGUUUAUUGAGAAUGGCGGAUAGAAUUUACAGAUAAUGAAAAAUGUGUAGUAGUACAGUCGCCUCCAAUAAAAUUAAGUAUUGAUGCAGUAUUAAUUUUAUUAGAAUUAUACUAUCAAAUAAUGCCAUAUUAUGUAUGUAUAUAUUUUAUGUAGGAAAUCCACUGCUGAAUUUAGCUCUCCCAUUCAGAGUACCAAUCCGACCUGUACACAAGAAUUGAUAAAAUCUUUAAAAUAGUAUAAUGCGUGUAUUGCAGGCGAUUGUACAACUAACUUUAUAACCUAUGCUCAAAAGGGUAAGAUUCAAAAUUAUACCGCCUUUAUUCACUUGUUAUUCGUACACAAAAUUAACAAAAAUAUGUAGUCAAAAUGAACAGUAUCUAUUGCCGUAAAUCGGUAUCGUGGAUUUACCUUUUUGAGUGAUCUGAUAAGCCAGAUAUCGAUAAAUUUUGUAACUAUAUGUUUUUCUUGUAAAUAAGGUCAUUGUCGACAUAAUAUUCUUUACAUUUUACAUAAGUCCUGCUUUAGAAAAAUAAACUAUGAAAAUGUUUAUAUCGUUACAUAUCUUGGUUUUUUAAAAGUGAUUGGUUUUGUAAUGGUCAAAUACCUUAUUGGAAAGACUGAUUUGAUUAUGUAUAAUGGAUGUUAUGAUUUUAAUAAACUAUAUUCCUGUUUA